CUGCUCGGGUCUGGCCCGCCCCCGGGCGCGGGAAAGUAAGUUUUUGUUGAGUUUUUAUCCGGGCGGCGGCUGCAGUGAUCUGCUCAGCCCGAACCAUUCCUCAGCGUCCUCGGCCUCUCCUUCUUCCUGGUCCCCCUCGAACCACACGAGUGCAGCCGAGGGGCCCAGCUCGCCGCCAUGUCCGAAGCUUAUUUCCGGGUGGAGUCGGGUGCGCUGGGACCCGAGGAGAACUUUCUUUCCUUGGACGACAUCCUGAUGUCCCACGAGAAGCUGCCGGUGCGCACCGAGACGCCCAUACCUCGCCUGGGCGCUUUCUUCCUGGAGCGGAGCGCGGGCGCGGAGCGGGACCACGAGCUGCCCCAGGGCUCAAAGAUUGAACUCCCCUUGUGGCUGGCAAAAGGACUUUUUGACAACAAGAGGCGCAUCCUUUCCGUGGAACUUCCCAAGAUCUACCAACAGGCCUGGAGGACCGUGUUUAGUGCAGAUGCCAAUGUGGUAGACCUCCACAAAAUGGGGCCUCAUUUCUAUGGAUUUGGUUCCCAACUCCUGCAUUUUGACAGUCCUGAGAAUGCAGAUAUUUCUCAGUCUCUUCUGCAGACGUUUAUUGGACGUUUUCGCCGCAUCAUGGACUCCUCCCAGAACGCUUACAACGAAGACACUUCGGCACUGGUAGCCAAGCUAGAUGAGAUGGAGAGGGGCUUAUUUCAAACAGGCCAGAAAGGACUGAAUGACUUCCAGUGUUGGGAGAAGGGACAGGCUUCCCAGAUCACAGCUUCCAGCCUUGUUCAGAAUUAUAAGAAGAGAAAAUUCACUAACAUGGAAGACUGAAGGCCACAAGAACCCAGGAUUGUUAUUGGUGGAUUUAUCUCGUUUAUGUCCUUGAUAAGACCUAGCUGACCUUGUACAGGAUCAGAUUGUAUCCUGUUUCAUAACUUACAUCCUGCAGUAAUUUCAGGAGUCAGGAUUAACUGGUUGGGAAAGGAUGCCCUGGCCCUGUGUGUCCUCUAGGCCUGUCUCACCCAGCCUGGGCCUUUUGACCCAAGAACCAUAGCCAAAGAGAAACCAAAGUGUGUGCUAAAUAAGGAUCAAUGACAUACAUCACAGUCAAGUUGGAGCUGGGAUUUCUUGUGUUGGGGAGUUUGGGCAGCAUGAGAUAUCCCUUUCACUAACUGCAAAGGGCAGGUACAAAGUGGGUCAUCUUUGCCUGUUCACAUCAUGUUCUCUUGAGUGUAUUUGCCUCAUCUUCCUCGUGGUUGAACAAAAGAUAGCACCCCCAUGAUGUUGGCCCAACUCGUAAAUAUCUCCUGCUGCCUGCCUGCAGGGAAUUAGCCCAAUUUCCAAAACAGUCACCCAGUAGAGAGCAAAAGGGGAAGACAGGUGAAUGGCACAGCAGAGAAGAGAAGGUGUUGUUUUUGUCCUCUGGUAUCAGGGCUCUAUGGACUGGAAUCAUCACUCUGCUGCCAAGCUAGAGGGGACAUAGUUAAACUGAGCUCGUGUUUGUCUCUGAUCUUUG